CACCAGUCAACCGAACAAUCAACAAGUACUCGGAUGAGCGGUUGAAAACCUUCAUAAUACAAUCGCUUUCCAAGUAUCCGUUAAAAUACUAGAAAUAUGGCAUCACAUGACUUGCAUUUCACUGUAUCGCAGAAUGGCGUAGAAGAUCCGUCGGCCCUUCAUGACCCCUCGACGAUGCCCGCUACUCCUGGCCCCCAAAGCGGGAUUCUUGGUGAAACACUCUCGCAAUCUGCCCAUCCCGUCGUUUGCAUCUUCCAUUUACUGUUUAAGGGUCUGGCGCUUUUUUUCUACAUUUUUGGGGGCUGGUUCUCCGGUGAUGGGAAGGGAGGAAGCAGUGGGGCCAAUUUUAUCACCGUUACAGUGAUUUGCAUCCUUCUCUUGGCAGCCGAUUUCUGGGUGGUCAAGAACAUUACCGGGCGCCUCUUGGUUGGAUUGCGCUGGUGGAACAAAGUCGAAGGUGACAAAACGAGCUGGAUUUUUGAAAGCGCGGAGAAUAGACAAGUGAAUAAGUUUGAUAGUUCCGUCUUUUGGACCGUGCUGUACGCUACGCCUGUCGUUUGGUCUGCUCUAAUGGUAAUUGGGAUCCUAAAGUUCAAUCUAGGAUGGCUGAUUAUUGUCGUGACAGCAUUGUCUCUUUCUGCUGCCAAUGUUUAUGGCUAUUAUAAAUGCAGUACCGAUCAAAAGGCGAAAUUUCAACAAAUGAUGGCACAGGGGGCUCAAGCAGGAGCCAUGACCAUGGUACGUAGUAACAUGUUGGGCUGGUUGACCGGCACAAGCAACACGCAACAACCACAGACACAGCAAACAAACACAUACGUCUAAGCCUAUUCCAGAACAACGACACCCAUACCCAAAAUGUCUGGUGAUGAAAAGGAAGGCUGGUGUUGACAACAAGUUUGACACUACUUGCAGUUUAAAUGGGUCGUCAGAGACUUUGAAAUCCAUUAAAAAAUAAGAAUUACAUUGAAUUGAUUAUAUUUUGCUUGUCUGCUGGUCCCAUCUGAAGGAAGCCUUGAGAGUUGGCGUACGUAUUGGAUUGUUCAUGGCAAGAACAAUCAGUAAAGUAAAAUAACCAAGCUGUACCAUGUUCAAAAGAUGGUCUGAUUCAUGUUUUGCAUUGAGUUUUCUACAACAAAGAAAGAAGACCGUAGCCAAAUCCGGCAAUCAUAGAUGAGAUCCCAACAUUCAAGAAGGUCUUCGGGCUCUCGCUGCCGCUAGUGGUGGACAUGGUUUGCUCUUCACUUGUGGAAGUGGCAUUUGUGGAUUCGGUUUGUUCUUCAGUAUAUGGUAGCGUUUCGGGUGUCGAGGUCACGUC